AUGGGAAGCGUUGCGGGUAAGCUCUCCUCCUGCUUUCGGGUAUCCCGCUGGCGGGUACUGGAGCUCGUCAUCCUUGCAGCUGUCAUUGUGGCUUCCUCCAUGCUCAUUCUGUUUCUGCCGGCGUCACGGGUGUACUGUGGCAUUGCCUUGGUCGUUGCCAUCAUCUGCGGAUUGCGGCUGUGGCGGUUUUUACCCAGCGACAGGCGGCGCGUGUCGAAGGAGGCGCACAGGCUGGCAGACGCCAUGUUGCUGGCACGUCAGGCGGCCGUUGGGGCUCCGCUGGCGGCGCAGUCCGUGCGCCCCGCCGUCCCCCAAGCUGCGCCUGAGCACUCCCCAGUUAUUGCCUUCACACAGGAUGCUCCAAGCCCGGAGCCUCAGCUCGCCUACGCUGCAACUGCGCCUGCCCAACAACUGGUGUCAGCGCCUGUGGCGCCGCUGCAUCCACCACGGCAGUCUUUGCUGCUUAAUUCCGUGCUGCUGCCACAGCAGCAGGCGGUGAUGACAUCUGCCUUCUCUCCCCAACACGCCUUGAUGGCCUCCUCCAUGGCGCUGCCAUAUUUACAGCAGCAGCAACAGCACGCCCUGCUCGCGGGUUCUAUGGCGCCGACAAGCCAAAUGUUUUUGGCUUCACCACAAGCGUCCCCUGCGCCAAAGGGAUCAUUGCCGAAAGGUCAACCUGUGGGAGACGCUGGAAAUGUGCUGCCACAGCAUCUGCUGGCUUCCAGGGGGUUAGCGCGGUUUGGCUGA